AUGAGUUAUGGUAUAAAGCCGGACGUCACCUCGCUCGACGAGGACUUGCGCGAGCUGAGGCGCUCCAAGUUCUCGGCCGCGGCCAUCGACGAAAUCUCCCGCUGGGUCUUCGACUCUGUUCUCCACGAGCCCUCCCCUGCCAACCUUCUCGAGUCGCUCAAAGACGGAACCGUGCUCUGCAAACUGGCCAAUGUGCUCCACGAGGCCGACACUCGCGUUCCAAAUCUGAUCAGGUUCAAAUGCUCCAAAAUGCCGUUUGUGCAAAUGGAGCAAAUCGCCCAGUUUCUCACGUUUGCCAAGCAGUACGGGGUGCCCGAGGACGAACUCUUCCAGACAGUGGACUUGUACGAGGAAAAAGACCCUGCCAUAGUGUACCAGACUUUGAAAUCACUCUCGCGCUACGCCAAUAAGAAACACCCGGACCAAUUCCCCGUCAUCGGCCCGCAAAUCUCAAACAAGGCGCCACGCCCACCGGUCGCUACCAAGCCCAAACACCUCCAAGGGGUCGGUUGGAGCACACAUGAAUAUGGCUACAUGAAGGGUGCCAGCCAAUCGAGUGAGCGAAUCGUCUUUGGGCAAAAAAGAGACAUAACCCAUUAG